AUGGCUCCUCCGCCAUCAGGACCGACGCAGGAGGACACUGCAUCGUCCGCUGCCGCAUCCGAGUCUCCUGCUCCCGCCGCUCCCGCCAUCAAGGCCCCUCCCCCAGAGACGCCCACGGCCAUCCGCCGCCGAAGCUACAUCGUCCUGUCCUUCUGGCUGCUCGUUGUCUUCCUGGGUCUGCCAUUCUGGUGGAAGACCACGACCAUCUAUCGCGCCGACCUGCCACUGGAUCGCAUGCUAGAGUGGGCAGAUGGAAAGGCUUGCCGACCCGCCAUCCCCAUUCAAAUCGCCGUCCAUGCCGAUUCUCUCCAGGAAGAAGAAGCCAACCAUCUCGUUCGACUGGCCCAGCAUGCCAUUGACGAUCUCAACGACUUCUCUGGCCAUCACCUGCGCCUCCAGCUUGCCCCCAGGCAGGACCGUCCCCGCGAAAGCGAACAGAACCCCAACUCCGCGCUAUCCAUUCACUUGAAGCCCGGUGAUGCCACGACUGCCGCACUCGAUCCCUACCGCGCCGCCCUAGAUAUCACAUACCCUCUGAAUAGCGUACCCCCGCUUCAUUCCGCCUCGUCCAUGCUUACAACAUACAUUGCGACCGAGCUCCGGUCCACGUUCGCUGAGGAGCAAUCCAUCGUCUCUUACCUUUUGUCCUCCUCCCCGACCUCGAAACCAGCCGGUCUGAGCCCUGCCGUUGUUGAAGCUUUGGAGAAGAGGGCAACCCGCGCUCUCCGAUAUGCGCCUACCUAUCACUUGACCUUCUCCCUCUUCACGGACGGACCCGCGCCCACCACCUGGGAUAUCGACACCGCCAUCAACGAAUAUAUGAAGCCAUUGCUGGAUGUGCUUGGGCCGAUUCACAAUUUCACAAUCGACACCCAGGUCCAGCUUUAUGCUACACCCGGCGUGCAGUCACAGACCUUGACUAAGGACGAUCUAGCAUCUUUCAUCAACGCAGCCGAAUGGCCUCUCUCCCCGUCGAUUGGCGGUGCUCCGACCAUCAAUUUCCUUACCUUUAUCGGCAACCAGACAAUUGGCUUCCCCGACUCCGAGGGCCAGACAUCACAAUCCUGGAUGAUUCCUCAGUGGGGUACUGUGUACUUGCUCUCUCAGCCUGAUACCAACAGUCAUGUCACCAAGGAUGCACUCCGCCAACCAAUGCUCACCUUUGGUGGUCAUUUGCUCACACUUCUUGGAACACCCCAGUCUGGCUCCCUCCCACUCCGACUGUCCUCUCUAUCCCGCAUCCGAUCCGCAGACCUUCUACUUCGUGCCUCCGACGCCCUUGGCUCGCUCGCGCGCCUUUCGCGGUCCCUCCCUUCGAUCGCCAUCCCCCGCAACGUUGCUGACGGUGUCGCCAAGAGUAUUCGGCAUCUAGAGGAAGCAUGUGCCGGCCUUGGUAGCUCCGAGGCUUUAUACCAUGCCCGAAUCGCCGAGGAAGAGGCGGAGAGAGCUUUCUUCGAGAAGAGUAUGGUUGGGCAGCUCUACUUCCCUGACGAGCACAAGAUUGCCGUCUAUCUCCCGCUUCUGGGACCAGUAACAGUACCGCUCGUGAUGGGGGCCAUUAAGGAGAUCAAGAGACUGCUCCAAGCGCGGAAACAGAGGGCCCAGGAGGCCAAAGACAAGAAGAGCCAAUGA